GAACCUCCUGGCAGCCAGUGCUCCCCCAGCCCUGCGCUAAGAGGGGGCUGCUCUCCUGAGGCAAGAGCAGGUGGAGGUCGGGGGACCUCGAGCGGGUAGCCGCUCUCCCUGUUGUCGCCAGGACCGGCUCAGUCAAAAAUCUUUCCGCCCCGGGCUCUUUAUGGGGUUUGGCCCUUUUGGGGAACACACUGUGAAUGCCAGCUGGAUUGCAGUCCAGGAGCUGGAGAAGCUAGGGCUUGGCGACAGCGUGGACCUACAUGUGUAUGAGAUUCCAGUCGAGUACAAGACGGUCCAGAGGCUCAUCCCUGCCCUGUGGGAGAAGCACAGCCCACAGCUCGUGGUGCAUGUGGGGGUGUCGGGCAUGGCGACCGCGGUCACACUGGAGAAGUGCGGGCAUAACAAGGGCUACAAGGGGCUGGACAACUGCCGCUUCUGCCCCGGCUCCCAGUGCUGCGUGGAGGACGGGCCCGAAAGCAUUGACUCCAUCAUCGACAUGGAUGCUGUGUGUAAGAGGGUCACCACGCUGGGCCUGGAUGUGUCAGUGACCAUCUCCCAAGAUGCCGGCAGGUACCUCUGCGAUUUCACCUACUACACCUCUCUGUACCAGAGCCAUGGCCGCUCAGCCUUCGUUCAUGUGCCCCCGCUGGGCAAGCCGUACAACGCAGACCAGCUGGGCAGGGCGCUGCGGGCCAUCAUCGAGGAGAUGCUGGACGUCCUGGAGCAGUCAGAAGGCAAAAUCAACUGUCGCCACAAACACUGAGAGCCUCUUAGGCCUCCCAAGACCUCGUCCCACUAGGGACCCUGGGAGGGACAUCUGCCUUCUGGGGCCUGGCCAAGGAGGAUACGCCUGACAGCUGGGGAUCUGAUUUGGAUCAAUAUUCCGACUUACACACCUCUUCCUUUUUCUCCGCAAAAGGGCUGGUCGAUUUGCAAGGGGUGGCUGAAGAUUUUUCCUCUAUCGCCCUUGGCUUUAGGGGACACCGCCACAGUGGCUGGGAAGCCCGUGGGUCCCGAUCUCCACGGGGAAUCCUGGCCGAGUGGAUCUCUGCUCUUUGAUCCCGCAGCUGGGGCCCCCUGUUCACCUGCCUGUCUAAGUCUCCGGUGAAGGGAUUCCGGUGUUCCCCCCCCCCCCCCCCCCACGUCCAUGACUGGUUUUUCCCAAACUUAAAAACUCCUUGAAAUGUCUUUGCCCUGAUUCAUGUCCCAACAGCCUGGACAGCCCUGGAAAGGGCUGCCUUGGGAUAUGGCAGGGGCUUUUUUUUUUUUUUUUUUCUCCUCUCUCUCUCUCUCUCUCUCUCUCUCUGUCUCUCUUACUCUGGAGCGGGGCUGCCGGUGGAAAGCAGACCUUGUCAUUUUGACAUGCACAUGACUGGUUUUUGUUUUCUUUUUUUUUUUAAUGUGUAAAAAUUUAUAGCAGCUGCAAACCCACCCCACAUCUGGCCUGGAUUUUUGCGGACUUGGUGCUGGGGACCAGCUUAUUGCUUUCCUCAUGGUGGUGGGGGCAGAAUGGGGCCUGGGGGCUGGAGUUUGCCGAACCCCUUGUGGCUGGCGUGUUUGAGCACGAGGGUGGCGAAGCAGCCAGGGGGCUUUUGUGUAGAUGGUUUUGGAGCCGCGCCCAGGACUCAGGAGCAAAUUUUGAUCUCGCUCCCUGGCAGCUUUGAACUUGCCAGCCGGGGAUGAGAGUAACGCCACCCAGCUGGACCUUGAUUACCGGUCAGAGGGAGAGAACGACCACAGCAGUCAGGAAGCCAACUGAGGAAAACACCCAUUCGGGAAGGGAUCUACUACUUUGGGGGACUGUGUGGUUUUAUCAUGCCCCUAAGCGUGAGGUGUGCUGGAAUCUGAUGCCGUGUUGGAGCGUGUCGGUGUUUCCCAGCAUGCAGUUCUUUUGAAAACAGAUGAGGGUUUUGCUUUGUUUUGUUUUGUUUUGUUUUCUUCAACCUUCACCUUCUUCCCCGCUUGUUCCGAUGGCCAGGGGAGGUCCUGCCUCUGCUGAGCUGCUGUGUCGCUGGGAAACCGGGUUGAUGGGUUUCCGAGUUAAAUGCAUGUUCGGAGUCCUGGGUUUCCUCUGGAUGGGGGAGUGGAGAGAAGUGGGUGACUUGGGGCCGGCACUUGGCCAUGGGUGUGGACUAUGGCUGGCAGGUGGAAAUGAUUGGGACUCUUUCUCCAUGCCCGCCCGCCUUCUACCAGAAGUGUCCCUUUCGCGUCCCCAGUCUGAGCUUGUAGUCUCCCGAGAAAUCUGCAGCGUGGGAUUCUGUGAGCAGAAAUUGCGGCUCUUCUGAAUAUGGGGAGCUCGAGGCUCAUGGGUUAGCUCGGUUCCCCAAAGGUCCGAUCUGCAGGUGUCGGAGGAGGAAACGAAUCCAGGCAAGAUGGGGAGGGAAGGGGUGGGGCGUUCCUGGAGAUGAGCCACGUCUGUGCUUAGCUGGAUACCCACUGGAACCCAGACGCACCAUCCCCAAACUCCGCAUUUUCAUCCUUCUUUUGUCUUCAUUUUGCCUCUCUGUUUGAAGCACCAUGUGAUUCAGAAAGUUAGAGGUAUAACUUAUUGUCCGAUCAUUGUUGAGUGUACGUAUGUCAUUUUUGUGUUCCGGCAGUGGUUUUAGAUUUUCUCAUCCAGUCCAGCUGGAAUCCUCUCCUUGUCCACGAUGCAGAGCAUUUUGCUCAUUCUUAUUUAAUCAGACAGCCAUUGAACAUUUCACCCACUUCCUGCCAGCUCUUUGAUCGUCCAGUUUGGGGCAGACUCACCUGUUCCCUCCGUGGCGUGUCUGUCCGCAUUUAUCGGGCCUUGGACUAAAAUGUCCUUGUGUGAGAAGGGAGGACCAAGCCCCGUUCUUCCUCCCUCAUCAUUUGCGGAGUCUCAGGGGGAGGGGGGCACGCAGCAUGGGGCAGGGGGAUGGCUCUGUGAAGUGGCUUAGCCCCGUGUGGAGGGGAGAUGCUGAGAGGUGGGUGCAGCAAGUGUUAGUGGUAGAAAGAUGGGCAGAGGGAUGUGGUGGGAAGGCUGUUGGGGGAAUCUUGUAGGGUCAGUGGCGAGGCGCCUCUCCCUGGGCCCCCAUGGCGGGGUGCCGAGGUGGGGGAUGGGGACAGCAACAGUCAUCUGGGUGUCUGGUGAUGGCAUGUCCUUUAAGGUGCCAGAGCCUCUGCACCUCAUACCUUUCUUCUUCUCUCAGCCCCUUUGGCUCCCCCUUCCUCACCAAAAAGAAGGUCAGUGGUAGGUACUUGAGGGCGUAGCUUGAAAAAGAAACAAGAAGGCGUGGUUGGAGAGAAGGAAAGGUGGCAAGAAGCAGGAAUUUGAGUCGGUGGCCUGGGCUUGUAUCACCUGGCCCACCUGGUCUGGUCAAGGAACAGCCAAAGGUCCCUUGGCCACUGGGAGAGACAGGGCCAGGUGGGGGACAGAGGUCAGGGCCAGGUGGGGGGGACGGAGGUCAUGGCUUCCCAGGUGGUGCCAGGUCUUUGGGGGAAAUGUCAGAUUGCAAUAGUUUCAGCAAGGCAAAGAGUUUUCAGCUGCCUUGCUCUUUGCUGGCACAGUGACUUCUGGAACAGAAAGGGCCUGCUCAGGGGGAUGGCUGGAAAAGUAGAUUCAGGAUGCCUUUUUGUUGUCUUAGAAGUUUCUGCCAGGAAGCCAGGCCCGCUGGGGUGUGUGUGUGUGUGUGUGUGUGUGUGUGUGUGUGCACCCGCAUGCCUGUGUCCCCCGAGGGCGACUGGGCCAGGGAGGGGAGCUGCUCCUGGAAAUCCGCCCACCCCACCAGCCUCUUUUCUGUUGCCACUGUCUAGACUGUUGACCUUUGACCUCUCCACCUCUUGGAGUGUUUAAACCCGAAAGUCCCCUCUGGGGAGAGUGGGACAAAGCCCCAUUCUUCUCCAUGGCCCCAGCCUCCACCCCGAGACCCUCGAAAGCGCACGCGUGAGCCUGCAGCCGGUGUGGGGACGUUGAUGGUCAUACAGGCGGAGGCAGGCCACCGCGUUGCCAGGUGGCUCCUCGUGGCCACGAAUCCCCCACUGUAUCCAUUGACUCCGGGAAGCCGAAAAGGGCUUUUGUUUUUAUAUCCCAGAGUGCAUUUCCCUUCUCCAGGCACAAGUGCCUCAAAAGGGCCUGGGCCUGCUGGCUGGGAGGGAGAACAUCUCUAUUUUUGUGGUGAGGAAGCACAUUAAAGGCCACGGACCCCCUCACACCCAUGGCAGCAUGGCUCUUUGGGGUGGGAGGCCAUUUGCUGACAUCCACAUCUCGGGUGGAUGCUGAACAUUUCUGCUAAGAGACUCUGUCCUCCAGUUCAUGGGCAGUUGUCACAAGCUGAGUGUCGCGGGCUCCCAGGUCUCUGGGGGACCUGUUCCAGCCCUGAGCUGCUCCUCCUGCCAAACCCAUUUCUCCCCCUCUCUCUCCUCACCAAGCCUUCCUUUCAGCUGCCUGGAGACCCACAGAAGUGCCUGCCUCUCUAAUAAACACGGGGCACAGAGAAAGGGGACGAGAUGAGAAAGAGAGAAGUAACCCCAGGCUCUGGACCCCAGGGCCCAGGCCAGGGUCACCGGAGCCAUUUGCAGAGGUGGGGUCUGGAGCGAGUGACUUUUGUGACUGACACACUUUGUCCCCAGGAAAUCACAGAGAAAGCCAGUUUGGAAUUGGGCUCUGUGCUUCCCGGGCGUGUGGCAUCCCCAGAUGCCAAGGAAGCUACAUCGGGAUCUUGGGAAGCAGAAUUGGCUUUUGCCUGCCCUAGGGGUACCUGGCAUGUUUCUGGGGCUCCGUUAACAUCUCAGGUUUCUAUCUCAUCCUGUAUCUCUCUUUAGGAAAAACCUUUCCCACCGAAGGUAACUGCAUUUUCUGUCCCCCAAGGUGGGCCUGGUCCCUGCACCCUCAGGGUGGCUUCUCCCUGACCCCCAGAGUUCCUAUGAGUGCCUUGUCCGAAACCCUCCUGGCUGGGACCCCUGGCUGGGGAAGGGUCUGUCGGACUUUGCUGGGGGCUGGGCUCUGGGACACCCCAAUCUUGACACCCCAGAAAGCAAAUAAAACAGUUGAAAUAUGUGA